AUGCGCGUCGCGCCUACAGAUAUAUGCUUGGCCAGGUGCCCCCCUCCGAUCGUUGAAGGUCAGCUAUGUCCGCCAACACGACCACCUACCAAGGGUACCCGGGUCGGUUGUGCAUACAUCCCACUUCGACCUUCAGAUACGAUAAGAGAAGACGCGUUCCUUCCAGAUCAAGGCGGUGUAGACCUUUCCAGAUGUUACAGAGGUGUGUUUGGGACGUGUCUGUACUCAUCGUGGGUGCUGGGGGUAAUGGGGAAUAGGUGCCGUUUCCUGAGAUCGCGUAGUCGAGCGCUGCAUGCGUGGUUCAAGGAGUUCUAAAGGAUCCCGACGUAGUGUUCAUGCCAGUCGUCGGUGAUGGUGAGGUGCACACCUAAGGACGUUGAAGCCGUCGUCAGAACUGCAGGGGGCGGCGGCGAU